AUGAAAAACCUGGUUCCCAACUUGUUCGAUUUGCUGAGGUACACAAUUGUGGACACCUCAGAGGGCGCGGUCCUUCUGCACCUGAACUCCGAGACGGGGGCCACUGACACUGGCCGCAUUUUUGUAUCCGACAGCGAAGGUUACAAGCGCGGCACUCAGGCCGUUGUAGCUUGGAUGGUAACAGGACCCUUGCAUAGGGGCAUCGCCGGCAUAGCGAGGUACUCGCAGUCGCUGCUGCACAAUGUGCGCUCUUCCACCGGUGAGGUCGAAUUCGACAAGGUGGUCAGCCUGACGGGGGUCUACCUGGCCAAUGUAGUGGCGCAAGCCGAUUCGGCUGACGCAGGCUACGAGAAGGCCAAGCAAGCUGCCACAGAAUCUGUGGAGCAAGUAGAUAGGAGACAUGGCCGUGGCUGGGGCAAAGCCUCCCGCAUGGCCAAGGAGGAGCGCACCAUCCGCACAGUGAUUUCCUUUGACAAGGGAGGAUCGUGGCGCUAUUUGAAACCGCCCAGGGUGAACAGCCAGGGCCAGCCGUACUUCUGCGCAGGAAAGCCUUUGCAGGACUGUGCUCUGCAUCUGCAUGGCAGCAGCUCCUGGGAUCUCUAUGCCCCCUUCUAUUCAAGCGAGAACUGCGUGGGGAUCAUCAUGGGCACUGGAAACGUGGGAGCAUCCCUGAGCCCGGCAUGCGAGCCGCCCCUGUCCACGAUGGUGAAGAAAAAGACGGACCCUGUGGAUGGAUGUGCCCACUCCUUGGCUGAGCUGGAAGAGAAGUACAAGGGCAAGUACAAGAAGAAGGAAAUUCAAUAUUACUGGGAGACGGAGUGCAAGCCUGUGACUGAAGACGUGGCCAAAGCACCCCCUGCGGCCAAAGCGCCAGCCGCGCCGCGGCUGGUGCGCUCCCGGUCAUGGCUGAAGAAGGUCUGUGGCAUUCCUCUUCUUCCCUGCGAGGAAAGCCUCGCGCCGCUGCUGGAAGCUUUCGACACGGGCGAGGGUGCUGCCAAGCAGGCUGCCCAGUUGGAACUGCUCCGCGCGCAUCCCUUUGUGGAUCGAAAGGUAAAGGAGGUCUCACCAGAAGCUUUGGCGCCUGACGUGUCCGUUCAGGUGGAAAACUUCCGGCUCAUGGUCGUUCAAUUCCGGAAGUGGCUGAAGACUUCCGAAGGCCGACCCUUUGAAGAGAAGGGCAAGGGCUUCGACGAUGGUGUGUACUUGACCUCUGCUCUCCUUCGCAAGAUGCUUCCACGUGGCUUCACGAACUUCUGCUUCACAAAAGUGGGGGAGUCUCCGGUGAACGUGGUUCUGAGAGGCUUCUUGAAGUUCACAGGCCUCACCGCUGCGGACGAGGACGAAGAUUCCAAGGCCACAGAGGAUGCCGCGGCGUUUCUCUUCCACGGGUACACCAUGGAAGACUCCCAGAGGUUCUUAGUGACCACCAAGAGCAACGGUGAGAACGGCAAAUACACCUUCCGCCGCGUCUAUGGCGACUGGUACUGUUUCGCCGGGUCCAAGAACACGGGACACACCUGGAGGUUGGGCAGCAAUGUGGCACAGCUGUUCCCCAUCCCGGAAUUGGAUGUCAUUGCUGGUGUGGCGCCCAAGAUCAUCGCCUUCGUAGACAGGCGCUUGAAGAGCUUGGAGGAGAAGCAGCGCUUGGAGUUGUUGGAGGCCGUACAUCAAGGAGGUGUUACCAUCAUGAUCGAGCUGAAUGAUGCGGGACACGAACAUAUUUUUCCCAUUGAGGAGUCUUGGGUAGAUCACGUGGCGAUCCUCAACGACAACGGUUUUCCGUGGCCACAGCAGGAGGCCUACGACUUCUUCGAUCGCUUCACCCUGCGAAGGGUGAGGAUUGAUGCGUACGAUAUGGAGCAGCUGCCCAAAAUCAUGGAGGAAAUCAGGAAAGAUACCAGCACCGAAGGUGCCGUACUGUAUCUGGAGCGUGACAGCAAGGCCAUUGGCCUUUUGAAGGUAAAGAGCGACCACUAUGUGAUCGCUCGCCGCACUCGUGAGACGUUAAGGUCUGCCUUGGUGAAGCCCAUGAGCGACGCCGAGGCGUCUGCGGCGCUGCUGCCGAAGGUGACGAAGCGCCUGGAGGAAGGCAUGGCCAGUCUCACCCAUGUGGCCGGUUGGUCAGCCGACGCCUGGCCGAAGUGGGCAGCCCAUGCCACAGCCUUUGCCGAUGCCUGGAUGAAGGCAUUCCUCCAGGGCGACGACAUGAUGAGAAAAGCGCUAGUCAUUGAGUUUCACAACAAAUUCGGCUCUCUAUACGAGCGCUUCUGGCGAACUCACGAGGUGCUUCCCUUGACGGACUUCAGCCUGGAAACCGCCAAGAAAGCUCCGAGCUGCGCCACUGUGGCCGACAUGCCAACCUCCCCGGUGUCGACAUGUGUGUCACGGAUAGAGAAGGAGCCGAAAGCCAGUGGCAAACCGCGACGGCGAAAACGGUGA